AUGAGUCAAGAAAAAGAUAUUGACGAAGUGAAAUAUCCACAUGCUGGAGGAGGUGACUAUGAUGAUAUGUUACUCAUGGAAAAUACUCAGUCGAAUAAUGAACAAACCAAUAUGUGGUACCUAGAUUCAGGAUGCAGUAACCACAUGACUGUUAAUAAAAAUUGGCUCACCAAGUUAGAUGAAUCGGUUAAGAAAGUGAUCAGGUUUGCAAAUGGCGGGUAUGUCACAUCAAGUGGAAAAGGAAACAUAGUUGUGGUAAGAAAAGAUGGUAAGAUGGCCAGUAUUACUGACGUAUUGUAUGUACCUUUGAUGACAAGUAAUUUGAUAGGCAUAGGUCAACUACUUGCCAAAGGGUAUAACAUGAAGUUGGAAGAAAAUAUGAUGAAGACAAGAACUGGAUGUGGCAUUACAGGUAUGGAAACCUAA